UCCGGGGGCUGGGCCCACAGGCGGCUCUCCAAGCCUCUAGCUCCUGCACUAGGCUUAGAGCCAGGGAUGAUGUGCUGCUGCCACCACUGCCACUGGCGCUGCCGCUGUCAGCGGCGACCCUGUGCCCUGACGCUGUUGCUGCUGCUGCCACUGCCACUGGUCUUUGUACCCCAUCUAGCUGUGGCCUCUGAGGGCCUAAACCGCUGUGAUACCAUAUACCAAGGCUUUGCUGAGUGUCUCAUCCGCCUGGGGGACGGCAUGGGCCGUGGAGGCGAGCUACAGACCGUCUGCAGAUCCUGGAACGACUUCCAUGCCUGUGCUUCUCGGGUCCUGUCAGGCUGCCCAGAGGAGGCCGCUGCAGUGUGGGAGUCACUGCAGCAAGAAGCUCGCCGUGCCCCCCACCCAGAUAACUUGCACGUCCUCUGUGGCGCCCCUGUGAGUGUUCGGGAGAUGGUUGCUGGCCCAGAGACCAACCAGGAGACACUGCGGGCCACAGCUCCCGCCCUCGCUCCAGCCCCGGCCCCUUCAUUGUUUGCUGCUGCUCUGGCACUUGCCUGCCUCCUGGGGCCUCUGGCCUAAACCGUCUGGUUGGCUAGCCAACAGUGCCCUUGCCUCCCAUCACUGCCUGCAGUGGCCGCCGUGUGGGCUCUGCAGAGUGUGCAUAAUUUCCAUUAAAGGUAUUUAUAUUUGCA